AUGGAUCAAUCACAGCAGGAGAAAGAGAGAGAGAGAGCGGGACUCUCUCCCCCCGGUUGCUUCCCACGAUUCCUUUCCCGCACCCACGGUGCGGUGUGCACAGGUGCGGGAUCGGUUCCCUCGCCCUUCCCUUACCCCACUCCGUCCGACCUAAUAGAUGGAAUUCCGUUCCACCUGGUGCUCUUGUUACAUUCCUGUACAGAUGUUAUUGACACCGAUGUUGUAAAGAGAGUUCUUCCAUUUGUGGUUUCUGUUCUUCAGACUUAUUCAAAAGGAAACAUAGAUAACAAGGUUUCAUCUGUUGUUCCAAAAGGAAAAGGUGUUUCUUCAUCUGCAACUGUAGAGGUAGCUACCAUGUCAGCUAUUGCUAAUGCACAUGGAUUAAAUAUCAGUCCAAGAGAGCUUGCUUUACUUUGCCAAAAGGAUAAUGGGGCAAGGAGAUUAUGUGAUGCCAAAGUGCUUGGAUUUCAAUUAGAAAGAGCUUCAGGAAGAGAUAUCAGUAUCCCAGAAUGGUAUACUAAUGCUCAAAAUGAACUUGGUUUUCGUACAGGAUCACCACAAUCAUCUGAUGAUGCUAAUAAUAAUUUUAGCUUUUUUUAG